AGUAUGAAAAUAAUUUGAUCUCGAAGAUAAUCCAGUCUUCAAGUCCUUACACGAAUACGUCAAUUUUCUGGAUUGCAUGGAUCGUGUGAGCUGUUAUCAGCGAAAACGCCAGCAUGAAGGCUUCCAGGCUGCUCGUGAUUUGUUUGGUUAUGACAUCUAUGGCGGUGGCUUAUUGUGCGAUACCAGACUUAUGCAAAGCACCGCUUCCGACUCCUAAGCAUGGCCACUACGGGCCAACUGUACUUCGGCACGUGGAUGCAACUAAUGUCUUGAAAUGCAACGUUGGCUACAUGCCCGUUGGCAACACGUCGCUAACAUGCUUGCCGACUGGAACCUGGAUGCAUCAUAGUCCAUCCUGUGUGUUGAAUCCUGACUAUUGCCAGCCUAGAACAUUCCACUUUGGAUCUCUGAUCCCCCCAGGACAUCCCCAGCCUCUGGGUAGUGCUACAUACCAAAUGAAGUGUAGCGAUAACUACUACAGAACUGCAAACCUGAGCAUUGUGAUUAACUGUUUGAUUCACAACGAGACAAUUGGAAAAUUGGUGGCUGCCUCUACUCCAUGUGAAGACACAAUGCAAUGCAGUGAAGAUAGCAGGAUAUUCCUGCCGCCAAUGUUGACCAGCACCGAGUAUCACUCGGCCCAGGCUGCGUGCAAUUCACUCGCUAGUGACCUAAUGCCGGCACAUCUUCUACCGUGCUGGAAGGCAUACUUAGGUCGAUCGAAUAUAACAUGGCCUUCCUGGCUAAAGGGCACCACUACAGCCCAUGGCGUAUAUCAAUUGGCUCAAACGACAUCUGGAUUGCAAGAGAUUCUUGGCUCGCAUCCAUCACACUUCUACUUCUGUGCUACCAUAUUCAAGUAUGCGUGCCCGCUGAGUGCAGUCACCCUGAUUUACCCACCAUCACCUGCCUACAGACAGCAGCACAACUACACGACCUCCGCGCAGGCCUGCAACGACUUUGGCGCUCGCCUUCCCGACAGCACGGAGAGCGCGUGCGUGCAGCACCUACUCGGGCUGAACGGUGCGAGCGGGUUUGCCUGGCUGCGAGACAGGAUCACGGCGAGCACCGCGUUGCUUAGUAAUGACAGUGCCUCGCCAAUCGCGGAGAAGCACUUUGUGAUUUGCAAACAGUCCGGUCCCCAGGACUAUUGUCCAUUUGCUUACUUUGCCAAUGCUCACGUUUUCUACGAGGGCAGAGGUAUCGGAUCAACUGCUAAUUUGUCGUGUGAUGACGCUUAUCAUGUCAGAAAGGGCAGUUCCUCCGUGAUCAACUGCUUGAAGGACACGGCGACCAGCGGCAAAUGGUCAGGAAGUGUUGGCUGCGAACUGAACGUCAACUACUGUCCGGAUUCAAAUUUAGCUAACGGUGUCCUUAAGUUCCCGACCAACCGUGCACUGAAUAGUCAAGCAGUUCCUGUCUGCGACCAAGGCUAUAAUGCAUACCCUCUCAUGAACCUUACCUGUACCAUGAGAUCCAGUCGUCAUGGAGACUGGCUACCCGUUCCGUCCUGCAUAGCCAUCAUCAACUACUGUCCUCAGCUUACCGUUAACGACAGCAGCUUGUCCUUGACACUGGAUCGGGAAAUUGGCUCCACAGUGACAGUGAACUGUGAUGCCGGAUACACUCGGAUAGGAGGACCUUCCUCUGCAUAUGUGUGCACUGCUGGAAAUGCUACUACAGGCAAAUGGACGGGAUCACAACAUUGCCAAGAUAAAAAUGAGUGCCUUUCAGGUGUAAACUACUGUGACAGCCCAAGAUACUGCUGGAACGUGCCCGGAUCAUUUCUAUGUUGUUUCCCUGGCUAUGAAGCCAAUGGCGGCCGGUGUCAAAAGAUCUCCAACUACUGCCCAGCCCUUCACCCUGCCAAUGGCAUGAUGUCAUCGCAGAACGGCUGCGCAGUCAAUGACGUUCUCCAGCUGACUUGUAACCAUGGCUACGCGAUGGGAUUAUCCGGCAGCGACUUCACAUGCCAGGCUGUUUCCAUACAUGUUGGCAAGUGGAGUGCAGUGCCGGCUUGUUACGAGAUCAAGAACUAUUGUCCAAAUGCAAGUAUUUCCGACGGCUCGGUGGCAUUUUCGGACGGCAUGGGAAUAGGCGACACAGCAUAUAUCACCUGUAGCAAAGGCUACCGUCCGCUGUCAGGAAGUGCGGCAGUAUGCUCACCAUGGAAGGCCUCUGCUGGUGUCUGGAAUACCACCAUAGCUUGUGAAGUGGAUCGCAGUGUGUGCACGCAGCUGCAGCAUUAUGCCAACAGCUCAGCAGCCACCAGCGCGUUGUCGUGCGGCCCUGGCUACACGUCACUGCCCUCUGUACUACGCUGGUGUCUGAACCGCACCGGCGAACUGAAGACAGCGGCAAAGUGCGAGCUUAUCAAUCAGUACUGUGGUCUAAUCUCUGUGGAGAAUGGAAACGUAAUGGGAGCCAGCUACCGUCGUUUAGAUGACGUCAUACAACUGCAGUGCAAUGACCUUCACUACUCACCAGAUGGUUACCAAUUCAAAUGCUUGGCUGCAAACGCAACACAUGGAACGUGGAAUGCGAGCGCCGUGUGCUUACGUGGGUAUUGGUGUACUGAGGGAGUAUCUAGAAAACUACUGAUGAUUCAGAGUUCCAGUUCGCAAACCCACCAGGGAGCAAGUUCUAAAUGUCACAGUUUUGGCAUGCGUCUUCCAUCGUACACUGCUCGAUCCUGCAUGACUACAUUCUUUGCUCUGCUUCAAAACACGUCGCCAUUCUGGACGCAAGAGAUAGCUUCAAGCCAGGGGAGAUCACAACUGAGCAAUGGAGACUACAAAUCCGUCAACGAGGCACACCAAUUUGGCUGCGAGGUGAUCGGGCAAUUUAACUGCAGUGCAACCAGCUCAACGUUGGUUUUAUCCAAAGACACAAUACACCUGGCUACAUACAGAAAUGCGAUCGACAUCUGUGAUAGAAUUGGUGGGCACCUGCCCGCUAAGAACGAGUAUGCCUGUGUCCUGGAUUUUCUCGCCAUGAACCAGCAGACCGAGCGUGCUUGGUUGCGUGAUGUUCACCCAUCACGAGACAUGGCGUACACUGUCCAGACGGCGAAGCCAGGUAGCGUGCGCCCAAGUCCACUCGACUCAAGGGCGCGUGUUGUUUGUGCACAAUCAGUUGCAUCGAAUUAUUGCCCCUGGGUUGAGGUUUUCAACGGAACUGUUCGCUAUAAAAGCAGCCGUGCGCUUGGUGAUCAAGCCCAGCUCGUGUGCCACCAGGGCUACAUUCCGGACGGCAACGGCAGCAGCUUGUUUACGUGUGUCCGUGAGACGGACCACCGCGGACGCUGGAGUUCUUUUCCCAACUGCAUACUCAACCAAACCUACUGUCCACCACUUAAUCUUGUCAGUUGGGUCUACUUUCAAUCAACCAGCAGCAGAUCAAUACAGAGCAUAGCUCGAUGGGCAUGCACUGCCGGGACAGAGUCGAGAAACGGAUAUGCAAUAGUCUGCAUUAGCAAUGGAAAGGGUGAGGGAAUGUGGAACGCAACUGCCGCUUGCACAGUUAUACCUUACUAUUGUCCUGAGUUGUUCAAGGUGCCUGGAGGACAACUAGUUUAUCCACGCAACCGUAGCGUAGGCGGUAUAGCAGUGCUUCAUUGUUACCCAGGGUACUGGAACUAUUUUGAUAAACGCAGAGUAGGAAGUUGUUUGCACCGGACAACAACCCAAGUAUAUUGGGAAACGGCUGCGAUCACGCAAUGGAUCGUGGACGGUCGGUUGACAUGUGUUGCAAUUGAGAACUAUUGCAAAGGAAAACAAUUUGUUGGUGGAGCGCUGUCUACAAGUAAACGUGGUGUGUUAAACAGCAGCGAGACAUUGCAGUGCGACUCGGGGUAUAAACUUGAUUCCGACCCUACCUACGCUUGCACCUAUGUCACCGAGAAGCAGGGUGCAUGGGCUGGAACGGCCAAGUGCAUAAUCAUAGAAGAGUUUUGCCCCAAAGAGAAUAUCACCAAUGGCGCUGUGGUCUACCAGGGCGCCCACCGCGUCCACUCCACGGCGCUUCUAGUUUGCAAGGCAGGCUUUGUUGCCACAUACGGCACUCGGCUAACAUGCCGAAGUGGCACGUGGGCGGCAAUCUCUAUUGGACACCCGUACACACCUGAAUGCAAACAGAAAGACUAUUACUGCCCUUGGCCGCCCGGUGUGGUUGGUGGGCAUCUGUACUGGACGCCAAGUAAUACUUUGUAUCCUGUUUACCGGCUCCAUUGUCACCAUGGAUACGAAGCAGCUCCGGGACCAACUGCGAUUACAUGUGUCACCGAAACACACACCAACGGGAGAUGGAAUGCUACAGUUCGGUGUAACGCCCUGCCAAAGUAUUGCCCCGGCUUGAGUAUAGCCAACUCUAUCCUGUCCUCCACGGCACGUCAUGUCUAUGCACAAAUCACAGUGUCAUGUAACCCUGGUUACGAAGUCAACGGUGGACCCAUUCUCACAUGCGUGGGUGGGAAUUUCACAGCAGGCAGGUGGAACACCAUGGCUCUGUGUGAACUGAAAAGCAACUACUGUCGCGAACAGCUUCCUUCUAACGGAAAACUCGUCUAUACCGGUUCGCGUAAGGCUGGCGAUACCGCUAGCCUUACGUGCAGUGAAGGCUACCUGCCACAGAACGGUGUAACCUUCAACUGCCAAUUUGCUGAUCUCACGUUCGGUGCCUGGAGCGCCACUCCAAAGUGUUCAGUUAACAACUUCUAUUGCCCGCCAAUCUUAAGCUUUGCCAACGGUUUCAUGACUUUCCCACGAGCACGGGCACUGGGUGCCACGGCAGCGGUCUCGUGUAACCCUGGUUACCAUGCUCUGAAAGACACGGUGACGUGUGCUACCAAGUCAGCAGGCGUGGGAGAGUGGGGAAAGCCCAUUUGCACAGUCUUGAUCGGCUUUUGCCCUCUACUGACGGUGGAGAACGGCAAAGUUGUCUACGAUGGACAGCGUGCCAUACAUAGCAAGGCGACACCUGUGUGUAACCAUGGUUACGAGAAGGGCAGCUCUCUGCACACGACAACAUGCCGCCAACUCAGCCAUACAACCGGACGAUGGUCAAACUCACUGCAAUGCUUUAAACGUCAACGCUACUGUGCCGCGGUCAAUGUAGCCUCUGGCUCCAUCUCCUACCUUAGUAGCCACCAGAUCGGCUCCUUGGCAACACUGUCCUGUUUCCAUGGUUACGUGCCAGUCGGCGAUGUGUCAGUGAUGAUGUGCUUGGAAGGGAGCGCAGCGGCUGGACGAUGGAGUGAAUCAUUAAGCUGCAGAGCAUUUUGUCCAGAGAGCAGCGUGCCGAACGGUGUCAUCACUCAUGUUCCGGGCACGCUCAAAGGCAGCAAAACCCAGCUUGCGUGCAAGGCUGGCUAUGAAGCAGUCAAAGGGACGCUGCACACCUGCCAGGCCUACAACAGUACUCACUCGCAUUUGUCGGGAAAGCCCGCUUGCAAAGCCAUUUCGGAGUACUGCCCGGAAAUGCCCAGUGUUAACGGCAGUUACAGCUACACAAACAACAGGGAACACCUUGCCACGGCCAUGUUGCACUGCAAGCUGGGUUUCAGAGCCAGCAAUGGCGAGACGUUCACCUGCCGCAGUGAUGGCACUUGGAGCAACAUCAGCACCUGUGCAGUAAUUGACAACUACUGUCCAAUUGUUCACGAGGAUGGCGGAGUCACUCACUAUUCUGGUGUACGGCAAUUGGGAUCAACGGCAUCAUUCAAUUGUGAUCCAGGCUAUAACAGCACCGGGUCACUCACUUGCUUGGUACAAAACAAAAACAAUGGCAAGUGGAGUUUGGGGCGUGGAUGUGAAUUGAUUCCGGACUAUUGUCUGCUGGAUUUGGAGUCGAACAAUUCACGCACGAGCUACCCUGGCAACAAGGAGCUCGGCUCUGUGGCCAUACUUGAAUGCGACAAGGGUUAUCCGGUGAAAGGGGAUCCCAAUUUCACUUGCAUUGUCCAGAAGGGGAACAGAGAUAAUGGCGUUUGGAGCGGAACUGGUUAUUGCUGGGAUGAUUUGUCAGGCAUCGGCAGUGACAGCGGGAAAUCAGGGAAUUACGCCAUUCUUGUGUCAUCUUCGUCUUCCGCUGUGGUCUUCCUCCUAGCUCUUGCCAUCUUUAUCUAUUAUUGGUCAAAGAGGCAAAAUGGCACGCCCAAGAGGGGACUGCAACCUUCGGCGUCUCUCUUCGAUGCGUAUUACAAUGUGAAAAUGCGUGUGACCAAUCCGCACGUCAAGCAAGUGUACAGUGGAAAUGCUGACGCCCGUCAGGCUGCUAGGGUGAACGGCAGAGGGCCAGUGUCGACCACCACCGCCGUCGACUCCUUGGUCGACAACCUGUCUACUGCUGCCGACGAUGAGCUUAACGAGGACUGGAUGCUCCGAGAGUCCGCCUUUGAAACCCGCAGCAACAGAGGUCAUCCCGGUGGAAGUCCGCGUAGCUGUGCAGAGUCGAUGUUGAGUUACCGUGACGACGCAAACUACAGGCACGGCGGCAUGAUGUCGCUUGACAACGCUGGUAUGGACACAAUGUCAGUGGCUAGUCACAUGAUGCAGGAACAAGACUAUCAGUCGUUCAACCUGCUGCCCGAUGCCAUGCCGGGCUCGCGCUCGCGAACGCACAGCCUGAACUGCUCGCCAAUGGCCCCGGCACGCCCCUCCAGGGUACCGGCAUCCAUCUCAAACCAAUCAAUUUCAUGUCGCAACGUUGAUGCUUGCCGCGGCGGGCCAGCGGGACGAGGCAACGCACCCGGUCUGCGUGACGCGAACUACUCCAACGAACUGGAUACUAUUUCAGUUUCCAGUAAUGUGCAGGAGCAGCAGUACCAAUCGUUCAGCCUGCAGCCGGAUGCCGAGCAGGGUUCCCGCGCACGCUCCAGGAGCUUGGGUGGCACACCAGCAGCGGCGAGACUGAACUGUCCCCAGCCCAUGGCAGGGCCAGGCAGUGGACGGGGUGAUACGUUGGCACGGAAAGCAAGCGGCAUUUCCACCGGCAGUGCGAUCAGCAGAGACAUUCUCUUUUCCGAGCCGAGUGCGCCCCGCCGUGACUUCAGCAGAGUGGAGCCCGAUCGAAUAUCCAUAAGCUCAGGGGGAUUCCCCAUGCAGGGGAGUUUCAGUGGAACACAAUUGCAACCUGGCUACAUGCCAACACCAGGAAUAGGCGAUCGAGUGCAGCAGAACCCUGGAUGUAACCCCCACCUUGCCCACUUACCAGGAAACACCGCACAACGUAAUCCCCAUGCCGUACAGACCUCUUCUCCCAGAAUUUCACCGGCUCCGAGCUCGGAGAACAUUGAGCUGCCUAAACGCCCACCAGCACUUGGGUACUCUCCCAUGACACGAGAAUCAAUCUCCGGAAUAUCACAGGGAGCCCGAAGGCAGGAAUCGCGCAGCGAUCAUUCCAUUCCGCCGGUUCCAUUUAACCAAUACAACAAUUGAGCCACCAGGUGGACAAGGAAAUGCUGAGCAUGUCUUUCUCUCUUGAACAACACCUGCCCGAUUCCAAUCUGUUUCCAUGGAGAUUAAUGACAUGGUAACAACGCACGCACAUGAAUCACUAUGAAAACCCCCUACGCACGCCGUUGAGUCGUCGUGCGCCGGCUUCAAGAUUAGGAUUGUUCAGCAUGCACGCAUGCAUGUCUAAGCGCUGGAUUUCAACAGUCGAGAACAGCAAACCGAGAACAGCGGGCUGAUUUAAACUCUGCCCUGUCGGCGGUCUAGCUAUGCAACUCAAUCACAGUUGUGACCUGCUACGGCUGCUUUCCAGUGCUUGUAGUGGAUAUCACAGCAUUUCUGCACAACACAUUCACGUAUGAAAUGAAUGGGACCGGACAGUCUUCACAGGCCAAGGACUGAAAGGGAGUAUGCCUGAUGGACUUUUCUGCUAACCUGCCAUACAAGUUGAUGUUUUACGAACCGCCCAGCUUCGAUUCAAAUGGCAAGCACGCGGUAUUUGUUCCUGUUUUGCCGCACUCUUCACAACGAGAAUACGCGGAGCUGAUCGGAUUCCCAAGCCGUCUUGCAAUACCCCAGGCAGGCAAGCCCAGAGCCGGUACAGUCACUAGCUAGCACUGUUCUAGACCAGUACUUUUCUCUGACAUGUCGACCUCUCUCUACGUACAUGCACGGAGAAAUUACAUCUGAUCACACUCAUACUCAGAUCUGUUUUCUUUGCCGCUUUUCACUGUUCACAUCCUCAGAUACUGAGUACCUUGCUUGGAAAAGUAUGCAAUAAUUAUGAAUGUUUCCAUCCCAAAAUUGGGAAAUAUCCGCCUUGAUGUGGAGAUUUCUUCAUCAGCUGGAUAUCGGAAAACAUAGAAAAGAUUUUUUCAUCAUUGUAUUGUAAAGCAUCAACCACCGCUGGAUUGCUUCCCACAUAUGUAUGUAUGUAUGUAUGUAUGUAUGUAUGUAUGUAUGUAUGUAUGUAUGUUAGCAUAAUAGGCUUACCGGUAUGCGAGCACCGAAAUAGGUUGUUCUAGCGGCUUAAGAAGAAAACAAAACGAUACAGCUUCAGGUUAUAUAGUGCAGACAUCUUUGGGUUCAUGGCGGACUUUUUCUCGACAUUCUUUGUCAGUUUUUCAUUUGACGCCUGAUUGAGAAAUGUUUGAGGGCUGCGUUCCCUUCGAGGACGUCAGGGGAUUUUCUUCGUGCUCAUAGGUUCUGACUCCUUUUUUGCUAUGAAUCCUUCGUGUAUCGGCUAGCAUCGUUAGGCAUGAUUGUCAUUGCUGAAGAACACUGAUCUCUGCCGCUCAGUCUUUGCUGUCAAGACAUAAUCCGAGACAGUCCUAGCUCAUGAUUUCCUGUAUGCCAAUGGACACGCAUUGGCCACAGCUAGUUGACAAACAUACUGAAACUUCUAGGUGUUUCUCUCAUAGCUUGCACGUGGUCUUGGCUGUUUCCAUGCUUUCUUACAAGUUGGUACAACAUGCCUUCUUGCUAUAUCUAUUUCACAAGGUGUGUUUAGAACUUUUCAAGUUUUUGUGAAGCUCGCACCGCCACGUGUGUUUCUAUUUGUCCGCAACAUCACUAAUCAAGGACGCUGGGUUUUUUUCUCACUCGUGUAAUCACCCUGUAGGUUUCACUUCGCUGGCACAAGCCGCACAACAUGAUGCCUCAUUGAUCACCACAAUCAUCUACUUAAAAGGUGUCAACACUAUCUGA